AUGUCCUCCCAAUUCUUGCAGACCGAGCUCGCAAGUCUCAUUCAAGAGUCUCGACGAAAGAACUCCGAUCUACGAAAUGCAGCCGAACAGUCGCUCAAUGAGCUAAAGGCUUUACCCUCCACUUCUGAAGCCCAGAUAUCAGCAGACCUUGUUCGUAAACCAACAUUCAUCGAGCCGUUCAUCAUUGCGUGCCAUACGCGGCACGCGAAGUUGGCGGGAAUCGGUGUGAUUUGCUUGCAAAGGUUGAUCGCAUCUCGGUCAUUGCCAUCCCAUCGCCUGAAGGAUGUUCUCGCUGGCUUGAAGGAGACGACGGGCUUGAGUCUUGAUAUUCAACUGAAGAUUCUGCAAUCGUUACCUUCACUUUUGCAGUUUUAUUCCAAUGAUCUAAGUGGAGAACUCCUGGCAAAUACUUUGGAGAUAUGUGCAACUUUGCAAGCAAGCAAGACAAUGGCAGUCAGCAGCACCGCAGCUGCUACCCUCCAGCAACUGGUUGUCUCGACUUUUGAAAGAGUAUCAAAUGAAGACAAGCUGCCGAAUGAUGCCAAAUUAUUCACAACCGUCACGGUCGACGGCCACCCAGUGGAGGUGGCAAAAUUUGCUUAUGAUGCUUUACAGGUUCUGGAUGAUCUCUGUCGUCUCAUCGAUGGCGAGCAAUUACAAUUCCUGCGCACGAGGAUUUUGUCCCCGACGUUCGUUUUGGAACUAAUUGAAAGUAUUCUCCUAAACAGUGGCCGCCUAUUUGUGGGACAUCCAGAGCUGUCGCAAGUCCUGCGAGUUCGUCUGCUCCCUUUAACGGUACGAUAUCUGUCUGAAAGGCAUUCCUUCUCUCAGACCGUUCGUGUUGCUCGCAUUCUAAUUGUGCUGCUGAAACGCCAUAUGUCUCUUUUGACCGCUGAGUGCGAGAUGGCAUUCGGUCUGUUGACUCAUCUGCUUGAGCCGGAUGGAAAUGCACCCUGGAAACGGGUGUUGUGUAUGGAAGUUUUCCGGGGCCUCUACGCCGAGCCUGGAGUGGUCCGACUGAUCUACUCGCUGUACGAUGCAGACGAACGCCGGAAGAAUGUCCUAAGAGAUCAUAUGGCAUCUCUUGUCCGCUUGGCCUCAGAAAAGCCCACUUUGAUCGGAGUCAGCAACCAGUCAACAAUACCGCUGCGAGCGGAACAUACAAGAUCUGCAACAGAAGACCAGAUUGCUCUCGAGACUGGUGGUGUGGCUGGCGUUAUUGGAUCUACUGGCCCUCCGGCUGAGACCAGAGUACCCGGCAUCAGCAGCCAGUGGAGUGUGGUGCGGACGCCCUACAUAGAGCUCCUCGAUAAAACCGAUCCACCGCUUCCACCAGAAACUUAUAUCUAUAGCCUUGUUCUAAACUGUAUCAGCAGUUUCGCGGAGGGCCUUGCCAAGUUCAUCCUGCCUCUCACCGUUCCGGAUUUGAAAUCAAAGAAAAAGAAUCGCCUUAUAAGUCCAGACCAAGGACCUGAUUCUGCCCGAUCCUCUCAGGAUUUCCAAUCUCCCGACAUUUGGUCGGCACAGUCCUCAUCUCAGUCUCAGAAGCCUUCCGUCCCGAUCAACCCUCUUGAUCUGCAAGCUCACGGUCAGUAUUCGGCAAUCAAAACAUGUGCUGGAAUCAUUGAUGACUGCUGGCCGGCUGUUCUCGCGGCUUGCUCUACAUUCCUGCAUGCUUCUUUGGACGACGAAUACUACCACAAUCUCGUUCGAGCAUUUCAGAAGUUGGCCCACGUAGCGGGUCUUCUGAGGCUGUCAGUGCCUCGUGAUGCGUUUCUCACCACCCUCGGAAAAGCUGCCAUGCCCGCGAGUACAGGUGGCACCAAGAUGCAAACCCUUGCUACGCCAUCUGGAGGUGGCCCGCAGUUCAACGAUAGCACUCAGAAGAAUCGCAAGAGUACAGAUCUGGCUCGGUCAAAUUUGCUUUCUGGGGAGUCCGCUGGCUCAUCAGCAGCGGAGGCCACUCCAUUGUCUUUGAGCACAAGAAACCUCUUGUGUCUGCGAGCUUUGCUCAACCUUGGAAUCGCAUUGGGGCCAACUUUGGAUCAGCCGGCCUGGUCCAUCCUGCUUGAGACACUACAAUACAAUGGACUGGUGAUCGGGAUAUCCUCCAGCACAAUGGUGAAAUCAGCUAGUGGUUCAGGGGAAACUACAAUGAUUUCUGGCAAUGAUAUCCCGACCGCAAACCUCGGAACGGAGGUGAUUGCAGUGCAGACGGCUUCCGCGAAGAUGUUCGAAAGCACCAGCGACUAUCCCAGUGCCUCUUUCCAAGAAAUUUUGCUUGCUCUGUUGAACCUUUCUGCCUUCACUCAGCAGGACAACCAACGGGAACCAGCCCAAGAGGUAUCUGAAAUGCCCCGCUCCCCACAGUCCUCGCGAAAAUCUGGGCGUAUGCAUCAAAAUGCUCGACGUGUGUCGCACACCGUCGGUAAAUCAAGAAUGCAAGACGAAGAGCUCAAGUUCGUACUGGAAAAGGGGAACGAGCUAGCUAGGGCGAAUAUUGAGAGACUUUCAUCACUGGUCGAAGAAAACCUUGUGGGAUGGCAGGUUCUGACCAGAAGCCUUAUUUCCACAUCUGCGAACCCUGCAGUCAGUCCCAACCUCCGACUGCAAGCUAGUGGAUUCCUCAAUUCAUUGGUCUUUCUGACGAUGAAGCCAAGGGAAGGCGAUGAUGAUGAGACUCGGAACAAGUUGCAGUCAAGAAACCUGCAGACGCUCAAGGAUCAGGUGGCGACGCUCUAUUCAUCUGAUCUGGUGACAGCAAACUCGCUUCCGAUCACUGUGAUCGAGAUUCAUGAGCAGAGCCUGGAGAUUCUCCAAAACAUUCUCGAGCAAUAUGCGGAGACAUUUGUGGACGGAUGGAGCCUCAUAUUCGACCUGAUAUCCGGGGCAUUCCAAGGUCUAGCCAAGCCAGAAACCUGUGAUCAGCCUGCCACCCCGACUGAACGCAGGAGGUCUGCUCUUCCAGGUGGUCCACGUCUAGUCCGCGCUGCCUACAAGUCUUUGCACCUUGUUGCCUCUGACUUCCUCUCUUUGCUCCCGGCUCCCUGUCUGCUUGGCCUGGUGAACUCAUUUUCUAGUUUUGCCUCCCAAACACAGGACUUCAAUAUCUCACUUUCAACCACAUCCUUCUUCUGGAACGUGUCCGAUUUCCUUCAAGGACAGAUCGAGGAGUUCUCAAUUGAGAGCCAUGUUGAUGCUUCUGUCAGCGAGGAGGAUUUGGGCAGACUUACAUGCGAUGAAAAUCGGUCUGUCUCGAGAAAUUCUCUCUGGCUUCUGCUGCUCCUCCGUAUAGUCGGAAUCACCACGGACAUCAGGCCUGAAAUUCGGAAUAGUGCGAUUCACACUCUCCUGAGAAUCUUCGACGCCUAUGGACAGCAGCUUUCUCCGAAGGCGUGGCGACUUUGCUUGAAUAGGGUCUUGUUCGUGAUGGUAGAAGAUAUUGAACGCACCUUGCAUCAAGCCAAGAAGCAACAAUCUACUCAAAAUGACUUCAAGUCCUGGGUGGAUACAACAGUGGUGAUGAUCAAGGGUGUUUCAAGUCUGAUCACGAAUUUCUUUGCAGCUAUCGUGAGCGAUGAGAAGUUCGACCAAUCCUGGACCCGCCUUCUCAAGUACCUUCAGGCGUUGGUUGAUAUGCGUCUUUUGGAGUUUAGCGAGGCAACAUUUGCUAGCCUUUCGUCCAUUCUGGUUCGAGUGCAAUCUCCAAACGGUCUUAGUAAAAAGGCGCGAGAAUGCGCAUGGGACCUUUGGGCAAACGGUCAUCCUGCAAAUGAUGAAAGUACUCUUGACCUCGACCAACCAAAUCAAGCUGCUGCCCUGGCCUACAUGCAAAGCUUCGAGCAGGUCUACCGCCUAUACAAAGACCACUUGAGCGCGGAAAAUAUUGAGAAGGUGCUUCAGCACCUGCGUCUGCUUGUGUGGAACUCGGUAUCUCCACCGUACUCUCCAGAUAUCGACCGUCCUUCCCCCCUUCAAGCUCUGGUUAUUGAUCAUUUCAAAACCCUUUGUGUGGAGAAAGAAGCAUCUCAGGCUGCAAUUCUCUCGUGCCUCGCGGAUCUGUCCGAUUCAGCUUUAUCUAAGUGGAGCCCUGGCCACGACUCCAGGAGACCAGCAUUUGUCGCCUUCUCGAAAAACACCAUUGAGCUGAUCAGCUGGUACAUUGCCGACUUCGGUAUCAAGCAGGAUAUCUUCACGAGUGGUGCUCUAGCCUCCGUCCUUGAUCGGUUCGGAGCGUUGAUCACGCAAAAAUACACAUGGCAAGGAAAAGAUCGUGAACCUUAUCUGUGGCAGAAAGCCUCCACUGCGUCCUUAAAUGUUCUCCAAGUCGCAGUCCCCUACGUCGAAAAACAAUAUCAUGACGCCAACGAGUCUGAGAUCGAACGCUUUUGGCAGUGCGUGGUUGUUAUUACUCACGGCAUCGUCUCUGCUAGCGGGUUCCAGACCCAGCAGCUACCCAACGCUCGGAUCGUGGCCGACGAGGCUUUCGACAUUGCAUCAUUUACCCGUCUCAAGACACUUGUCCUUCCCUCGCUUGGUGCAUCUGCCAUCCCAGAUUCUGUCCGCCGGGACUUUGGCGUUGCUCUCUUCCACUCCUCGUUCAUUUACCCGCCACAGCGCUUUGACCUGCCCCCCAGUUCGAUCGAGAAGGCUCCUCUACAGGACUUCUAUAAAAUACGCUCCGGACGAACCUUCGACCCACCGCCAACACUGCGCCCGAAGAUAGCGUAUGCUCUCAUGGAUACUCUCUUCGAGCUUGCGGAAUGCCCAGGAUCCGAUGAGUCGAAGCAAUGCCCUCGGACGCUCCUGGCUCGCUCGAUCUCUCCCUACCUACUUCUCCGCUGUGCUCUCUCGCUCAAGGCUUAUAUUGCGGAUCAGCCUCUCCGCGGUCUGAUGCCCCAGCCUACGCCUGCGCGCAAGGCUCUGCUUCAUCUUCUCCUACACAUGGUGCAGCUGCGGAGCGAGCCGGCUGCAGUACCGGACCCGCCGUCCAUCCAGACAGUCUGGUCCUCAGGUGAUGAUUCCUCUGCGCAUCACCCACGCAAGCAUCUCGAAUGGCUGUACCCGCUCGUCGUCAAGGCAAUCCAAGUCGCUGGCAAAGAGCGAGAUGACGGACAGGUCCUACAGGCGCUCGGCAAGGUUCUACAGGAAAUCGGUCAAUAUGAAUGA